UAGUGUGCUGAAUAAACUGCUUUAGUGAGGAAACAGCUCAUCACUUAAUGAACUGACCGCCUGUUCGCUAAUCUUCAACGUGUUUUACAAUAAACAAUCUUUUUGGAAUUGAACUAUGUGUGGAGUUUACUAUAAAUCAAAUUGCUGUUUUAAAAGAAGUGAAAUCAGCUGACAGUGUCUGUGGUCAUGUGACAGUAACAGGAGGAGGACACAAGAUAGCGAAUAACACACAGGAUGACUGUAGUUUGAGGUCUGAGGAGGACUGUCCGGUUACCUGUUAUAUUUUGUGCUGUCAAGGCACGUCCUGUUUCCGAUAUGGAUUUUAUGAGGUUUAUAUAGGUGGAGUUUGCAUUUUAGCAGCUGUUGUUGUGCUAACGUGCCUGUAGAUGCAGCAUCUCCGCAGGGAAGCUUUUGAUCAGUGAAGCUAUCAGUGGCAAAUUACCCAAAGCAACCAUGACCUCUGAUAUCAACUAUCAGGAUGGCCCAGAGUUUUCUAGAAGAGAUGAGAGCCCUGCUGAGGAUGAGCCUGUCCAUUCACUUAGUUCUCCACGGCAGACAGAAUAUGAGCGAAUCGGAGGAAGGACGGGAUCCUCUUUUUUUCAGACCCUAAUUCAUUUACUGAAAGGAAAUAUUGGCACCGGACUGCUCGGCUUGCCUUUGGCUGUCAGGAAUGCAGGACUCCUGGUGGGGCCUUUAAGUCUUCUGGCCAUGGGCAUCGUGGCUGUACACUGUAUGAACCUCCUUGUGAAAUGUUCACAUCAUCUAAGUGCAAAGUUGGGCAAGCCAUUCCUGUCAUAUGGUGAUGCAGUGGAGUAUGGGAUGGAGAAUGUACCGUGGCUGAGUAGACACUCUUUUUGGGGAAGGCGUGUGGUGAAUUUGUUCCUCAAUAUAACCCAGCUGGGCUUCUGCUGUGUGUACUUUGUGUUUCUCAGUGACAAUGUCAAACAGGUGGUUGAGACUGCCAAUGGUACAACCCUGAACUGUCACAAUAACGAGACAUCAGUGAUUGUUCCAAGCUAUGACUCUCGUCUCUACAUGUUGUUCUUCCUGCCCUUUGUCAUCAUGUUGGUGUUUAUCCGCAACCUCAGAUACUUGGCUCCUCUGUCCUUCAUAGCAAACUUGUCCAUGUGUAUCAGCCUGGUCCUCAUAUACUACUACUGUCUGACGAAUAUCCCCUACCCCAUUGACCUUCCGUUGGCGGGACGAGGAGUUGACUAUCCUCUAUUCUUUGGAACAGCAAUAUUCGCCUUUGAGGGAAUUGGAGUUGUAUUGCCUCUUGAGAAUAAGAUGCAGAAUCCCAGAAACUUUACCACGGUUCUGUAUCUGGGCAUGGGUAUCGUCACCACCCUCUACAUCACUCUGGGCACCAUCGGCUACAUUGGCUUUGGAGAGAAUAUUCGGGGCAGCAUCACUUUAAAUUUACCUUUGUGUUGGUUAUAUCAGAUCGUGAAGCUGCUUUACUCUUUUGGAAUCUACAUCACAUACGCUCUACAGUUCUAUGUGUCAGCAGAAAUUCUCAUCCCGCCAGCGGUGGCGCGGUGCAAUCCCAGAUGGGCGUUUUUGGUGGACCUCAGCAUCCGCGUGGCUCUUGUAGGCCUUACAUGUGCUCUUGCCGUAUUGAUUCCAGAGCUUGACCUUGUGAUAUCUCUGGUGGGUUCGGUGAGCAGCAGCGCUCUCGCCCUCAUCAUCCCACCCCUGCUUCAGAUUAUGACCUUCCAUAAUGAAGACUUGAAGGUUUGGGAGAAGGUCAAGAAUAUCGGCAUCAGUCUCAUUGGCUUGGUGGGCUUUGUAGCGGGGACCUACAUCUCCAUCCAGGAGAUUCUCAUUCGUGGCAGUGCCAGACACAACACUACACAACUUCAGCUGCUGUGAAUGUUGAUAGAGUGACAAAUUAAUUGUAGGGCAUAUAGACUCACUGAAUCAUUAAAUCACUACAUGGUCCUUUUAUUUCUGCUGAAUUCCACUUGGGAUUCAUUGUACAGAGCAUUCUUAGAUGCUCGUGGAAGUUUGUUGUUCUUCAGUUUUGCAACAUAUAUUUUUUGUGUGUGUGUGUGUCAAAGUACGGCUCAUUUAUACACAAUACUUUGAGUCAAACAAGGCCAUUUAUCCAAAUUUUAAGAUGAAUCUCAGUGGAAAAAUCUCAGUAUUAUUUGUUUUAACUUCUUGUUUACAUUGUCUCAAUAUCAUGAAUGUGUUCUCACAGGGGAUGUGUUUGUUUACUCUUUCAUUUGGAUUUACCAGGUCAGGUUUGGCAAACAAGUACUGUUUACUCAUUCUGUUGAUAUAAGUUGAUAUGAAAAAGAUAUUAAUUGUUUAUUAGUAUUCUUAGGGCUUAUUUCCGAGGCUGAAAGCAAGUUACUGUAUCUCUUCAUACUACACAGACUCAACCAAGACAUGUUUAUGAAGUGGAAAAUUUGAACAUUAUACCCUUGAGAUGUGUCAGUCUGAUCAGAAUCAUUCAAUUAAGAGCUGUCCAAAAGAAAUGUGCCAGCGGUUCUGAAACAUUGUAAUCUAAACAAAUCAACAUUCUUCAUCAAAAGCAGAUUAUUUAAUUAACAUUUGCAUCUGAUUGCACAAUUUCUAAUUAUUACACCAAUUGCUGUGUUUUAAUGCUUUAUAUUCAUUGACACAUUUUUACCUAAAGUUUACCAAUAUUUAAUUGAUGCCAUUUUAUUUGUGUCCUAUCACACAUUAGACUCAUCUAACUGUCUUUGACAUUCAGGUGCCAUCUUUGAGUCUUGUAGCAGAGAAAUCUGUAGAUAUGAAUUUUGACCUAAUGCGUCUAGUUUUUUUCUGACUAUGCCAUUCAUUUAGGACCCACCCUGUAUUUUCAAUAUUACAAUAUCUAGAUAUGACCUGUCCAAUUGUACUGUAUAUAAUUGUCACAUCUGUCAUGAUGUUUGGCACAUGGUGUGUUUUUUAACUGUACCUACAGUAUGUUGAAUAGGUUUCUUUUUUUUUAAGGCAUCUCAACUAUGAUGCUGUUGUUAAAACUUUUUACUUGAGGUACUUUUGUUUUAUUUUCAGUUUAUUUGCUUUGUGGAUUUGCUGUAUAUAUCGAUGGCAGUGCCAAAUUUUUUUAUUAUUAUCUUUUGAUCAUUUAUUGUAUUUGCACUCAGUUGUAAUUGCAGCGUAUUUGUUUUGUCUUUGUGGUUUCAUGAAUUUUGGCCUUAUUGUAUAUGUAUUGUAAGUAGUUUGUCCAUGCUCACCCUGUUCUAUAUGAACAUUUCCCCUCGAUUUUAAAGUUGUACAAAAUAUAGAGAUGAUGUAUCAGGGUUAAAUUCAUCCAAGAAGAGAAAAAAUGUUUUGCUAAUAAUUGUACUGUACUGCUUUUUGGUUUGCUGAAUAUCAACAAUGAACAUUUAAACCACCAGUUGACUUUUACCAUAUUGUGUCUU